UGUCAUCAGUCAUCGCUCAUCGUUCAUUAGUCUUUGAAUAGUAAUGAAUUGAAGUUGAAGUGUUUGUGUAAAUGAUUGUGAAACAAAGAAUAUUACAAUACGAAAUAGAUGAGGUUCGAUAGAGGCAACCCUUGGAGCAACACUCAUGAGUACGGAAGAGACUCUGUUGAAUCUCGAUUUCGACAAAAUCCCCUCUACGAGUCCGCCUCCCGAUGACGGCGUGGUAUCUCUGUCGAGUAGCGCUGAGGAUAUUUGCCUAGUGCCCGAGGUCGGGUUCGAGGGCAACGUGGAUUCCCCGGGCGUCAACCGGGAGUCGCAGCCGCUGCUGGGCGGCCGCGGCGACCUGGAGCUGUCUUGCAACCACUUCCCAGAUGACCCUCAGUUCAGCGAGCUGGUGUGGCAGGCGGAGGUGGCUAUCGACAAUGGCAUCUUCCCGGAGCGCAUCUACCAGGGCUCCAGCGGCUCCUACUUCGUCAAGAACCCGGGCGGGAAGAUCAUCGGCGUGUUCAAGCCCAAGGACGAGGAGCCGUACGGGCGGCUCAACCCCAAGUGGACCAAGUGGAUGCACAAGCUGUGCUGCCCCUGCUGCUUCGGCCGCUCCUGCCUCAUCCCCAACCAGGGCUACCUGUCGGAGGCGGGCGCCAGUCUGGUGGACGCCAAGAUCGGGCUGGGCGUGGUGCCCAGCACCAGGGUGGUGAAGCUGGUGUCGGAGACCUUCAACUACCUGCGCAUCGACCGCGAGCGCUCGCGGCUCAAGCGCGCCAUCACGGAGCAGUUCCCCAACCUGCGCUUCAACCGGAUGGGCUUGCCGCCCAAGGUGGGAUCGUUCCAGGUGUUCGUGGAGGGCUACAAGGACGCGGACUACUGGCUGCGGCGCUUCGAGCAGGAGCCGCCGCCGCCGCACGUCAUGAGGAAGUUCCAGCUGCAGUUCGAGCGGCUGGUGGUGCUGGACUACAUGAUCCGCAACACGGACCGCGGCAACGACAACUGGCUCAUCCAGUACGACGCGCCCGACGCGCGCCACGCCGCCAUGACGGAGCCCUCGGAGUGGUCGGGCGGCUCGGAGAUCCGGAUCGCGGCCAUCGACAACGGGCUGGCGUUCCCCUUCAAGCACCCCGACUCGUGGCGCGCCUACCCCUACCACUGGGCCUGGCUGCCGCAGGCCAAGCGCCCCUUCAGCCAGGAGACCAAGGAGCUGGUGCUGCCGCUGCUGUCCGACAUGACGUUCGUGCAGGAGCUGUGCGACGAGCUGCACGUGCUGUUCCGGAAGGACAAGGGCUUCGACAAGAGCCUGUUCGAGCGCCAGAUGUCGGUGCUGCGCGGGCAGCUGCUCAACCUGACGCAGGCGCUGAAGGACAACAAGAGCCCCGUGCAGCUCGUGCAGAUGCCCGCCGUCGUCGUGGAGAGGUCCAAGAGCGGCACCACAUCGUCGCGUUUCUUCGACUCGUUCCAGCAGCGCUUCCAGCACAAGUCGCCCUUCUUCUCGUGGUGGUGAUCCGCGCCCCGCACGCGCGCCGCAACGUUUAUCAUUUUAUUAACUCGAUGUAUAAAUUAGGAAAUACAUUUAAGCGUACUUUGGUACGUUUUUAGUUCGAUGACUUGUAAUAUAUCUCACCGCUAGUGACAGGGAGUUCCUCUUUGCCGGCGCGCGGCGCGCCAGUGGACUUUGUUGUCCUUGUGUUGAAUGACUUUGUCAGUGUAGUGAGACAGUGACAGGUGGUACAUCGUCCUGCAGAACCCGUUACUGUUACACGAGGAACGUCGAGUCCAUUGUGUUAUAGGUUUAUAUGUUUUGUUAUGUCUAAACGACUUGAAAACAAAGUGUAGAGGCUAUCUAUUAGCAUAGAGUGCGCCGCGCGUCGCGCCGACUGUCGCACGUCGCACGUCGCACGUCGCUCGCUGCCAUGUUCACUGGGUGUACUGAUGUGUGUUGACUGACCAACUAACUCGGCCAACUAAAUAGCCAGCUAACUCGUCAACGAUGUCAUCGCGCGUCAUUCGCACAGUAGUCGGCCAUUUGAGCUAGCCGAGUUGGCGUUAGCACGGUUUACAUUGUAACUUUAUUGACCGGUACAAAAGUAAUAUUUCGUAGAUUAUCUUGAAUGUAAAACCUCUAACUGCCGAUCUAGUUUGAUAACAAUUUUCAAGGCAACCGAGUGAGCGAACACCGAAGAUUAAAACAUAAAUAAAGAUAGUUGGUUUCUUAAUUAUGGUUGAAAAGACUUCAAUUAAAAAACCAACUGACUAAAGUUGAUAAAUAAAGAAUUGUUAUAUUGAAAAAGUCAUUAAUUGAAAUGAAUUAUUCACAUUGUUAGCGUACGACGCUAGUGUCGCGCUGGCAGCGUGCGUCGUGCGUCGUGCGUCGUGCGACUGACUCGCUGCUCGUCAUUUAUAUAAAUAAUAAUGUGAGGAGGUUUAUCGAUCUGCUCGGUUUUGUAUCUCUACUACAAAUAGACUUUUAUUUAUUACGAAAGUGCUGCAAUAAAGAAUCGGACGUUUUCACAUAACACUAGUUCUUCUGUAUAUAUUUUUUGUUGUAUGUAUAUAUUUAGAAUGCAAGUAUACAUUCCGACGCGCCCGUUGGGAUUGCUAAAAUACUAUUUUUUGUUUGCCCUAAAUAACAUUUGUUUUUCUACGACGCAAUCGAGGCGGCUACACACUCACUCCCGGCGCCGCUCGUCGCGAGUGUGUACCCGCUUCACCGCCGCAGCGUGUUUCCGCGUUGUCGCACGCGAAGGCUACAUUCCAUUAAACGAUCAUAAUGUUCAAAAUACUACCCGCGGUCGGUCGCGGCGUAAACGUCACUCAUGACGUCAUUAACUUCGCUCACUCAAUGCUCGCAACGGAUAUUAUUUACUGAUCUACGAAACAUUGCAUACUCAACGUUUAGCCGAUCGUACCUGUGAGUAUAUCAUGAAUAAUUGUCUCAGGCGGAGCGUUAGUCGUGCGUGCAGCGGACGUUCAUCAAUUUAUCACGUCAAAAAAUUGUCAAUGAUAUAUAAUAGUUUUAGCCGUUCAUAUGUCGCCAUUUUGUAUUAUUUACAUGAACGCGCAUUUCGCUCCAAAUUCAUUUCGUUCGAAAACGUUUCGUCUCAUGAGCUUCAUCGUCGUGAUCGCUUAGUGGAACGUAGCCCGUCGCUACCGUGCGGCGCAUUCACUGCGGCGCUCGUCCGGGGCGUCUUACCCUCUGUAUAUUGUGAUAUGUCGGCAAGUUAGUGAACAAUUGUAUAGUACCGUAGGUGAUAGAUAGAUGAAUUGACUUAUUCCUAACAAACACACAGUGCAAAGCAUUAUUGUAUUUAUGUUGUCGUGUCAUUUGUUGUUGUCGCGUCCGCUCAGUCGGGCGCGCGAUUAGUUGGCGUUUUUACUUUAGGUUAGUUACAAUUUUAACACUUUUAUACGUCUCGUCGGCAAAAUGUAUUCGAGCAUAAUAUUUUAUUGUAUCGUACUUUAGGAAUUAAACUGAAAUAUAGACGUUGUUGCUUUGCAAUGAGAUUUUAAACAACACGACAGACAGCUACGUCGACGUGUUAUAAAAGUGUUAGUAUUGGGCAAUGCUUUUAUAUACAUAAUUAAAUUCGGUUUGUAGCUUUGUUCCAAUAAUCUAUGUAUAUAGUGUAUCAUGUAAUUGGCAAUCUGUAACGUGCAAUUGUAACAUGUAAUUGUAAUUGUCUAUAUUUGCGGCUGUCGACACUACUCGCGAGGAGCGUAAAGUUUAUUUCCAGAGCUACUCUCGCGAGCGAAACGACAGUUGGCGCCCAUUUGCUAAACAUAUUUUGAAUAAAAUUUUGAUAAAUGUUACAAAUAAUUUAUCCUAAUCGCGCAUUCAUUUUACAACAAACCUGUAUUGAUAGAUACAAGGUGUAGAAGUCGGUAGCGCGUACGGCCGACCCGAGUCAAACUGAACUUGUAAACAUGUGAUUAUAUAUUAUGAUAGAAUAAGUAGACAUCGACUGGAACAGCUCACCGUCGGCAGCUACAGCCGGUGCAGGGACUGCUACAGUGUGACGUAUUUUUGGCGUGAAACGUCCUUCACAACCGCCCGUAGGUACAGCGCGCGGCCACAGAGUAACCAGAGUGAGACUUUACAAGCAACGUACACUGACGCCGGCCACACGAACAGAGCCGACGGACGUUUCAAGUUAGAGAAUGAAUAAACACGGCACUGUCCUGCGCGCUAGUAAAUAGUGGUAUGCAACUAGUAAUGUACUUCAUAACCACGCAUGACCAAUAUGUUUACUAUUCAUUACAAUAACGUGGACACGCCGUGUGCCCGCAGCGUCACCUGCCACCGCACACAUCGCCCCGCCGCGACAUCGGUCUGCGGAACACUGUACGCUUGUCGUGUCGCAGCGUACAGUUCGCGUCGAGCGCAGUUGCUCGGAUCCGUUCUGCAACGCGGACCGCCGUCUCGGUGCUGACUUGUCAAUUUGAUGACAGCACUCGUGUAGCAAAUAGCGGCACAUCGAAAAUAUCGCUGUUUUUCGUCCAAUCGCAAUGAAAGAGAACAAUAUUUCCGGUCCGGUCGCUAUUGGCGCGUGACGUGGGUGUACGCGCUCGACGCGCCGUGUGCGCCGUGUGCGCCGUGUGCGCCGCACGUCGCACUCGUUGGCGGCGACUCGUAGUUCGUAAGAAAAUUCCACGUUUGUAAAUACUUUGAAAGUUUUGUUGUUAAGUGAGUCAUGUUUAUAUACAUUAUAUUAUUAUAUAUAUUAAUUAUUAUUAUUAUUUAAUUUAAUUCUGAGAAUAAUAUAAUCGCCAUUGCAUUAAU